UUGGACAGGCCACCUUCAGAUGGGCUUGGAGGAAAUGUGGGGCUUUAACCGACAAACAAUAGCGCUCCUGCAAAUCGCAUUAACUCAAGUCAUUUUUAUUGCGUUUCAGGAAACGGACCAAGUGAGCAAGCCUUCCUCAACAGACUUCUUUCAUGCCCCGGGAAGGCCAAAAAGCAGCGAAUAAGUAUAACUAAAUCCAUCGCCUUGCCCUGCUCCCCGGUGAAUAAUCUCCAGGACUGCAGUAUUGGCUGAAGGUCCGUGUAAACGCGGCUUGUAAAAGGAUUCCACCGUGGUUGGUCGUAGUGUAUAGAGAGGAGCCUUCUCAGCCCUCCAGGCUCCUCAGCCAUGGCUCUGCUGGCCUACCUGAAGAGCCUGUUCAUCCUGCAGCUGCUGAUGGGCUUCGUGUUUGUGGUGAGCGGCCUCAUCAUAAACUUCAUUCAGCUGUGCACCUGUGUCCUCUGGCCGAUCAACAAGCAGCUCUACCGCAGAAUCAACUGCCGGCUCUCCUAUUCCCUCUGGAGCCAGCUGGUAAUGCUGCUGGAGUGGUGGUCGGGCACAGAAUGCACCCUAUACACUGACCAGGCUACGGUGGACAAGUUUGGCAAAGAGCAUGUCAUCAUCAUCCUCAACCACAACUAUGAGAUCGACUUCCUGUGUGGCUGGACCAUGUGUGAAAGAUACGGCGUCUUAGGGAGUUCAAAAGUGCUAGCUAAACAUGAGCUACUGAAGGUUCCUCUAAUUGGCUGGACCUGGUACUUUCUAGAAAUUGUUUUCUGCAAAAGAAAGUGGGAGGAGGACCGAAAGACUGUCUUCACUGGACUAAACCGACUCAAAGACUAUCCUGAAUAUAUGUGGUUCCUGCUGUACUGCGAGGGCACCCGCUUUACAGAGAAGAAGCACCAGAUCAGCAUGCAGGUUGCAGAGAGUAAAGGCCUCCCCAAACUCAAGUAUCACCUCUUACCUCGAACCAAAGGAUUCACCACCACGCUGCAGUGUCUUAAGGGCACAGUAACCGCAGUGUAUGAUGUGACCCUUAACUUCAAAGACAACCAAACUCCCACUCUCCUGGGCAUCGUCAACGGCAAGAAAUACAAAGCCGACCUGAGCGUGAGGCGGUUCCCUGUGGAGGAUAUACCAGAUAAUGAGCAGGAGUGUGCCAACUGGCUGCACAAGCUCUACCAGGAGAAGGAUGCCUUACAGGAAAUGUACAGCAAGGAAGGCAAGUUCCCCGGACCCACCAUCAUCCCACCUCGCCGACCAUGGACACUGCUCAACUUCCUGUUCUGGGCCACCCUGCUGCUUUCACCCCUCAUCAAGUUUGCCUGUGGUGUGGUCGUCAGUGGCUCCCCUCUCCUCAUCAUUGGCUUCAUCAUCUUCCUCAUUAUAGCCUCCGUAGCUAUCCGCCGCCUCAUAGGGGUCACCGAGGUGAAGAAAACGGGCUCCAGUUACGGCGACCAGGAGGCCAAGAAACAAAACUAAAGUGUGUCACCCCCUCCCGUGUAUGGCCGUUUGUGUACGGUCGCCCUGCGGUGUCUCACCCUUACCCAACUCCAUUCUCCUCCUACUGUUGAGUCAGUUGGUAGGCCGGAGAGGAGACCCAGCUGUGAAAACAAAAUAGAGACCAGAGUUUAAAAUUCUAAUGGCACUAGAGUGAGAGAGAGAGAGAGAGUACAGAAGGUCUGAGGUCCAAGUUCUCUGGUGUAUCACAGAACAUAAGGAGGGGGAGAUGCAGUACAGUAUUCCCCUGCAUCUUUCUUAAUCCAGUUAGCCCCCAUCCAAGCCCUAUCCAAACUCAGUAACACACUCCAAGUCUGAGGUCUCACGGACCACCAUUCAGCCCAUUUUUCUGCUCUACACUAACUACAUCCACUUCCUGUCACAGUCAUCAGCCAAUCAGGGAGUGGGGGUGGGGGGGGGGGGGCAUUCUGAUUCUUUUUACUCACGGUACACAAGCCAAUCCAUAUUUGAUCUUUUCUAAUCUCAACCUCCAUCCAGGGGCGGCGUUUUUUUCCGCAACAGCUGUCUGUAACAUGCAGGACGUCCACCUCCCUUUUUCUCACUAAGUGGGACUUGUAAUGGGAAUCGGUGCCUUGAGGCCCAGCCUGCUUUUCCUUAAUGGGGUCACUUCACCCAAAUCAUGCAAAAUUGACCAUUUUACCUUGAGAUAUUUAACCAUUCAGGUAAUUAAGGCUCUAAUAUGUGCAGGUCUGGGAUAUCUGCUGCUCAGAUUUCAACUAUUAUACCAAUGCAAUGAAGGUGAAUCAGCUUUUGUUGGUGCUGAAAUCAUUAUAAGCGAACAUUUGACAAACCUGACAGCAGAAGCUAUAUGUUGAAUGUAAUUGUGAAAUUGUAAGUAGUAGUACUAUUGUGUUCUCUAAAUGUCAUUUGUAAUAUUUGAACACCAACGCAGACACAGUUCACUCUUAUUGUAUUGGGGCAGCAGCAGAAGUCUGUGUGCAGAGAUCUUAAAAUAUAGAGUCCACAUUAUCUGUGAGGCCAGAUAUGGAAAGGUUUAAGGUGAUAAAUCCUUUUUAUUUUAUGCUUGUGAUCUUGGUGUACUGGCCCCUUACCAUCCUGUUUUGGAAAAGGCUGGUGUCUGUUCAACUACAGCAAGGGCUCUGAAUGUGAAAACUGUCCUUAUCAAGGAUACCUACCAUCUGUUACAGGUCUCAUUUGUUGCCCGCAGCACCGAAACCCUCACACACAUUUUGACACAUCUCCGUUUCUUAUUUGUUCCAAUCUUCACUUGGCUGUACACAUUUAGGGAUUUGCGUACAUCAUACAUUUUUAAUCGGACAUUGUCAAACCUUCUUCUAAAUGUUAAUUCAACCAGUCCAAGCACCAGUUGAAAUACAACUCGCUGUUAGAUGUGACUCCUGCUGCUGCUGUUUAAAGGCAGCACAGGCAGAUUCCUAAAAAAAGGUCACCAACUGUCUUCAUGUAGCCACGCAGCUGUUAGCGUAUUACGUUGCUCUCCUGGUAUCGACUGUAGUAGUGAUAUUUUAACCUUUGCCUUAAAUCAAGCUUGCUCAGGCAAGGGAUUGCUUAUUCGCCACCCCUUUAAAACUGCACCCACCUCUUACCUCUGUUAUGUUUGACUACUCAGCCGCUCUUCCUUUCAUUUCCAGAACGCAUCGGUGGAGUAGCAUGCAUUCAUUUGGUGUGAUUACCAAAAUGAGUGAAUAAUUAAAAGAAAACAAAACACACUUUGGAUCUUUAAAGUGGAUAUCUAUGAAGACGUUGGUUUUGUCCAAGACGUCCUGUAACUGUGUACACUGGAAGGGAAAAAAAGUGAUGUCAACACAGUGACCGUUUCAUACAUUUCACAGUUUUAGAGUCACUUGUCCAGAUUUUGAUUGUUUUACAGAUUUAGUGUUGGCUGCUGCAGUAUAGGAGUGGAUCUCUUCCUCAGUUUGACAUUUCCUGGUCCAAGAUGCAAACAAUGGUAGCCAGACGUGGAGGGGACAUUUUGGUUCACGCUCUCUCGCUCCCCUUCCCGUGCCACACGUAGUAUUAAUCAUACAUUUUGGGUUUUUUGGCUUAAUUUUUUAUUUAUUUAUUUUUUGGGAUCGUCACUCCCCAGCAGCGAUAUGUCGUCGUGUACUUCGUCUUUCUGUAGUUCUUUCAAACCAGACAGAUUUCAUGCAAGCCUUAAUUAGUGCUGCUUCGUUUUUCUGUGAAGACGUAGAAGCUCACCCCUGUGGCAGUGAAGGACUGAGAAUUCUACAAAUGUUCACCAGUACAGUAGGCAAGUUGUUGGGAUUAGCUGCCGAGUAACUUGCUCUAAAGUUUAACAUAAAAUAAUAAGACAAAUGAGAAUGAUUAUAGUUGGCUCUUUUGUGUGAAAGUUUCUCAUUAAUCCACUUUUUUCUUUUUUACAUGAAAAUACUUUGAGUUGCGUUACCUCAUAAUUGUGGAAAGCUUUAGGAUCUUUGCCUGUUAGAGUUUUUUUUUUUUUUUAAGAUUUGUUUUCUGUUGAAUCAAAACCAACAACAAACAACUAAAACUGCAGUUCAGUUCAUCCUAUCAUUCAAAGUCAUACUCCAAAGCAACAAUUGCUGUUCAGAAAUUCAAACCAGUAUUUGGAAAAUCUUUUUACACUGGGUGUUUUUGUUUUUUUAAUUCAGUAAAGAAAUUUAACUAUUGGUACUUUGUGGUUGUUUUGUUCUUUUCUUUUCUAUGAAAUUCUUGAAUAGACUCAAAUGACGUUACGAAUCGACGCCACUUUAGAUGCACCACUCUCUAAAAUAAUCCAGGUAGUGGCACAUCUAGCAUCAGCUUUUGUUUUCUACGGCUAUUUUUAUGUUUUCUUCAAUUUAAACACUUGAGAAUAUUAAAGGAUUUAAUCACAAAGCAACUCUUACUGUUUGGACUUCUUUGGAUUUGUGUGAGUUUCCCUGUGCACACAACAGUUAACGUCAAACGAAUGUAGCUCAGUGGGAUGGCAAGGGCAGGGGUAGUUGGACCAUUUUCUCCUUCCAUCUUUUCUCCAUGAACAUUUUCACAGAGGCAUACUGGCAUUCAUUCUCCAUUCAUCAUGACACGUUCACAGUUUUCAAUUUAAAAAAAGGUAGAAAGUCACAGAAGUGUGACGUAAUGUGUGAACUGUGUAAACUGAAAAUAUGUACAUAAAAAUGAUGAAUGUCACGCUCCCUUUUAGAAAAUUGUAGAGAUGUACUUAGCUGCUCUUUAGACCUUUUGAAUGACACAUUAACCAACAGUCCAGAUGUCCACAGGGCAUUUUGGAUAUAUUGUCACUGGAUGUGUGACAGGACAUUGAGGCUGUACAGAUAUGUAAAUAGUGUAAAUGAUGACUUGACACUCAGUUUUAGAAACGACGGAGAUGCCCUUCUGUCCUUUUACAGUAGCUCUUCUAAAUGACAGCGCCAUGAUUUCAGGCUACAACCAAACGAACCGCUGAAGGAAAAGCUACAGCAGGAGGAGACUUAAACUGAGCUGUCCUCCUGGGUGCAGUUUACACGAUUAUCUGCAAAGGUCAUUAUACUCAACGCUAUGGAGCUGUAAAUACCUUCAGCCAUGGCUCUCCUCUAAUUCACACCACAGACAGAAGGCCGUAGUCACAGACGAUGCUCAUGAAGCAUUUUUCUGACUUUGUAAUUAAUCAUGGUUUCUUACUGUAGUCACUUACUUUUUGCAUGAUGUGCGUUAUUGCACAGUCACUGAAUCGAGUUAAUUCUGACUCAGGGACUCUUUUACAGACUGGCAAUGCAACAGCUGUGGCAUUAACUCUGAAUUUGAAUCUGAAUAAAAAGGCUUUCUGGGGAAGCUGA